AUGUGGGCGGCUCCGGGGUCGAAGAAGGAGCUUCGUUGGCUGCCAAUUGAUGGGAAGGGGGUGGUGAGUCUGCCCGACCUCUCGGAAGAUUUCGCUUGUGCUGUUGUUGCGAGCCGGAGGAGCGAUGGCCCAAUUGAUCUCUUGAAGGGAAGUGGGGGCUCUUUUCAGUGCGGGCAGGCGUGGCAGGGCAGUUCACAGUUUGUCACUGCCUUACAAUGCUCAAAUCCUGUCAUCCCCAUCGCCUCACUCUUAACACCAACACCAAAACCCCCACCAACAGUCCACAUCUCUGCCUACAAACAAGCAUCGUCAAUCUAA